AUGGGGCCCCCCCUCACGCCUCCCCCCCAGCGCUGGCGGGACCCCCGCCUGCAGUGGGAGCCGCGGCUCUUUGGGGGGCUGCGGCUGCUGCGGGUCCCGGCGGAGCUGCUCUGGCUGCCGGAUGUGGGGCUGGACAACAACAAUGACGGGGAGUUCGGGGUGUCUCUGGACGUUCGGGCCGUUGUGACCCCCGAUGGCUCCGUGCGCUGGCGCCCCCCGGCGCUGUUCCGCAGCCGCUGCCCCAUCAGGGUCUCGCACUUCCCCUUUGAUUGGCAGAACUGCUCCCUCGUGUUCCGCUCGGGCUCGUACGGCCCCGGGGAGCUGCGGCUGAGCCUGGGGGGGGCCGAGGACGAGGGGGGGGCCCCCGGCGGCGGGGGGGGGCGCGUCACGCUGCCCGACGGCUUCCAGGGUGAGCCCCGAGGGGCCUUCCCUGGUGCGAGGCUCUGGCGCGCAGAGAACGGGCAGUGGGAGCUGCGGCACCGCUCGGGCCGGCACCACGCGGGGCCCUCGCACGAGGACGUCACCUUCUACCUGGUGCUGCGGCGGAAGCCGCUCUUCUACAUCGCGACGGUGCUCGUGCCCUGCGUGCUCAUCACGCUGCUCGCCAGCGCCGUCUUCUACCUGCCCCCCGACGCCGGGGAGAAGCUGACGCUGGCGCUGUUCGCGCUGCUGACGCUCACCGUGUUCCUGCUGCUGCUGGCGGACAAGGUCCCCGCCACGUCGCUGGCGGUGCCGCUCAUCGGCCGCUACCUCACGGCCACCAUGAUGCUGCUCACGCUCGGCGUCACCCUCAGCGUCGGGGUGCUCAACGUGCACCACCGGGCACCGGGCACCCACCGCCUGCCCCCCUGGGUGCACAGGCUCCUCCUCCAGCGCCUCCCCCCCCUCCUCGGCCUCCGCUGCCCCCCAGCCCCGCCCCUCCCUCCGGAGCCCCGCGCCCUGCUGGCGCCCCCUGGCGGCGCGGAUGAAUACUUCCUGCGGCGGCCCCCCCCCGGAUCCCUGCAGGAGCGCUGGCGCGUGGCGGCCUUGGCCAUGGACAGACUCUUCCUUUGGGCCUUCCUGGCGCUGGUGGGAGCCUGCGGCCUCGGCACCGGCCUGGACGCGGCGCUGCACCGGCCCCCCCCGGAGCCCUUCCCGUGA